AUGUCGGCUCGCAAGUUACGCCCGUACUUCCAAUCGCACACAAUAAUCGUCUUAGCCUCUCUUCCGAUGCGAGCCAUCUUACACAGUCCGAGCCAAUCUGGGCGACUAGCCAAAUGGGCCAUCGAACUCAGCGAGUAUGACAUAGAGUACCGAAGUAGAACCUGCGCAAAGUCUCAAGUCUUGGCCGACUUUUUGAUCGAAUUGCCAACAGGAGAAGCGGGCGAGCCACACACCAGCUCAACUUGGACCCUGCACGUCGACGGCUCGUCGUCCAUACAAGGAGCCGGGGUAGGAAUACGCUUGACGUCCCCCACGGGCGAAAUCCUGGAGCAAUCGUUGCGACUAAACUUCUGA